CACACAUAGGCACACGCACAUACACGGACAACGAUGCAGAGUAGGAGGGUCAAGCAGAGCUAUGUGAUGCUGCUGACUUUAUAAAGGAAUAUCCAUUGGCACUUUCAAUAGACAGCGAGAAGCCGCGCAGUGUCGCAGUCUGUUGGCGGAUGUUGAACUGACGCGCGCACUUUAACCGUUAGCGGCGGUCUGUUUUAAUUGUCUGUGGUGUUUAUAAUAAGGAUAUACAUAUUCGGAAAGACAUCGUUUGAUUUAGCGCUUAUAUUCGUUUCCAGGAACAUUUCAGCACCGGACGGAUAACCUCGGCUUCGUCUUAUAAUGGGAGUGAUUUGUUACCGAAGUUCGUCAGUGGACUAUAGCGAAGUAGCGCCGGUUGAAAUGUGGAGGUGCUGACCGACCUUUCGUCCAUUUUGUCUUUACGCGAACAUUUUCAUUACUUACGAAGGUUUAACGUCGAUGCCGGUUAAAUAGUCUGUAUAAAACUGCUCUGUAUAAAAAAAAGAAUGGGACGCUGUGAAGUUUGAACACUGAUCUGCGUUGUGGGGAGUAUUUGUGUGGCUGAAACCAUGCUGAUCUUCAGUGCUGUGCUGAAGAUAUGUGACCUGUGCUGUUGAAGCCUUGUGCCGCUCCCUCAUGGCUCUAUGGGAGCUGGUGCUGUUAACUUUCAGCCUGCACUAUUGGCUGACAAGCUCUGGCAGUAUAACCGAAGAAGGUCCUGCUGGCCCACUAGACUGGCUUCUCUCUGACAAGGGUCCAUUUCACCACUCACAGGAGUACACCGAAUUUGUGGAGAGGAACCGUCAAGGAUUUUCUACAAGAUACAAGAUCUAUAGGGAAUUUGGCCGGUGGAAAGUGAACAACUUGGCUGUCGAGCGACGGGAUUUCCUGAGCUCCCCUUUGCCUCUCACCCCAGAGUUUGUACGCAAUAUUCGCCUCCUGGGACGAAGGCCCACCGCUCAGCUAAUUACUGACAACCUAAUCAGAAAAUAUGGGACCCAUUUUUUGCUGUCAGCUACACUGGGAGGAGAAGAGGCUUUGACUAUAUUUGUGGACAAGAGGAAGUUGAGUAAGAAAGUAGAGGCGAGCGACUACACCAGCAAUAGCACCGCUGUGACUCUGGAAGCCCUUCACCAGUUGGCGGCCUCCUACUUCAUAGACAGAGAGAGCACUCUGAGAAAACUACAUCACAUCCAGAUUGCCUCCACUGCCAUCAAGGUAACUGAAACCAGGACGGGCCCUCUUGGUUGCAGUAACUAUGACAACCUUGAUUCUGUCAGUUCUGUACUGGUUCAGAGUCCCGAAAAUAAAGUCCACCUGCAAGGCUUGCAGGUCAUUUUGCCAGAUUAUCUCAGAGACACUUUUGUCCAAGCAGCUCUUAGUUAUAUCGCCUGCAACGGAGAGGGAACUUUUGUCUGCAGAGACAAUGACUGCUGGUGCAAGUGUGAUCCUAAAUUUCCAGAAUGCAACUGUCCCUACACGGAUAUUCAAGCCAUGGAGGAAAGCCUUACACGAAUCUCUGAAUCAUGGGCCCUUAUUUACAAAGAAUUUGAAGAUUCAGAUGAGUUCAAAACAUUUCUGAUGCGGCUCCCUCAGAAUUUUUUCCUCAAUUCCUCCAUGAUUCAGCAUCUGUGGUCGCUGGAUGGCGUGUUUCAGCGACGCUACGAGCAGCUGGAGGCGAGCAUGAAGACUCUCUACAGGAGAGCCCAGCGUGUGGUGUACAAGCUCUUUAGCCUGAGCAAAAGGUGCCACAGGCAACCCCACAUCAGCUUACCACGGGAAAGGCCACAAUCAUACUGGCUGAACCACUUUCAGUCUUUGCUCUACUGCUCUGAAAACAACCAGCUGGGCUCCUUCUCAGAAGAGCUGCACACCUGCAUUUGCUCUUAUGACCACAGUUCGUGCCAGGUAUCCACGCCGUGCUCCGUGGGAGAAGGUGCUUCCUGUGCCGUCUGUGCUACCGACAACCACACGCGGUGCGGAAGCUGCAACGCGGGAUACACGUUAAGUCAAGGUACCUGCCGACCAAUGGUGGCAGAUUCCACAGAGAACUACCUGGGCUUCGAGACUGAUCUUCAGGACCUAGAGCUACGUUACCUCCUUCAAAGAGCUGAUCGACGCUUGGAGGUCCACGCGAUUUUCAUCAGCAACGACAUGCGGCUAAACAGCUGGUUCGACCCUACGUGGAGGAAGAGGAUGCUGCUUACGCUGAAGAGUAACAAAUACAAAUCCAACCUGGUCCACAUGCUCUUAGGCAUCUCCCUUCAAAUCUGCCUUACCAAAAACAGCACUCUUGAACCAGCUCUCACCCUCUUUAUAAAUCCCUUCGGGGGAAGCCACUCGGAGAGCUGGUUGAUUCCCGUAAACGAGAACAAUUUUCCAGACUGGAAGUCUGCUAAGCUGGACCUUCCGCUGGAGUGCUUUAACUGGACCCUGACUUUGGGCAACAAGUGGAAGACCUUCUUCGAAACCAUCCACAUUUACCUGAGGAGCCGCAUUAAAACUCCAGGCGCCGGGGUCAAUGAGAGCGUUUACCUGGAGCCUUUGGAAAUAACCGAUCCUACUAAGAAUCUGGGGUAUAUGAAGAUCAACAGCAUUCAAGUGUUCGGUUACAGCAUGCACUUUGACCCGGAGGCUAUCCGGGACUUGAUCCUGCAGCUGGACUACCCGUACACGCAGGGCUCGCAGGACUCGGCCCUGCUGCAGCUGUUAGAGAUCAGAGAUCGGGUGAACAGACUUUCUCCUCCGGGCCAGCAGCCUCUGGAUCUGUUCUCCUGCCUGCUACGCCACCGGCUCAAACUAACAGCCAACGAGGUGGUGCGCAUUCACACCUCACUACAGUCCUUCAGCACCCGUCUCCCAAAUUCUCUGGAUUACGAGACCACUAAACUCUGCAGCUAACGGCUAACGUGUGACAACCGUCUGACAGAAGCUACAGAACAAGUGUAAAAAUGCAAAAAAGACUGUUAAUGGGUCAAAGCUGUAGACUUUUAACGGAAGAGACGUUUUUGACUUACAGAUCAUCGUACUCAAAAGAAAAGAGACAUUUUAUUGUAUAAAACGAUAGUUAGAUCAAAGAAAAGGAUUUUAAGAAUACAUGUUUGUUUGUAAUUUUUAUAUGUUUUUCUUUUUAUUCAUUUUUGCUUCAGUGACGGUGAGCUUUUUUCUGAAAGAAUACAGUGAUGUCAGUCAGUUUUGUAGAUAAAUUGUUAUUAAAACAUCAUGGUUGUUAUCGAGUAAUGGUUGCUUUAUUUACGUAUCAGCCUAUUUUUAUUGCUAAAUGGCACUUUGGAUUAUUGGAAAAUGUAAGAUAUUUUAUAUUUGCAAUUGAGUGCACUUAAUGAAAAAAUAUAUGAUGAGUAUUUGAAGAAGUAUAUUGAUGCAAGACUUUGAUCAAAUAGUGAAUUAGAUUUAGUAAGAUAACUGUGUUAUUUUAUUGAAGGGAGAUAACUGUGUUUAUUUUUAUUGAAGGGAGGGUGUUGAAUGUCCAGAAUUUUGACUGUAAUACCGGAUAUGAUUUGUUUAUUAAUUUAUAGACACAGAGUUUUGAAUAUAAGCAGUGUGGUGUAUAUGCCCCCAUAUUCACGAAAUGGUCCCCUCUAAUGCCAUUUUAAACCACAGUUGGAAGGUAAUACUAAGCUUUACUCUAAAAAAGGUACUAAUCCACCCAUUGGGGUAAAUUAACCUAGAAAAUGUUUCUAUUUGAUCAAACAAUAUAACUCAGCCUAGGUUAAAUUACAACCCAAUGGGGGUUUGUCCCUUUUUGACCCAACGCUGACCUAGCAUUUUCUGUGUUUAAUUUUGCCAAUAGACUAUUUUUACCAGAACUAUAUCAGAUUUUUCAAAAAUCUGAACAUGUAAUGAAAGAUAAUGCACCCCUACAGUUUUGUUAUGCACUGUUGAGGUAAUUAUGAAAAGAUCUUUAUUCACUGGCAGCAGUUAAGAUGCAGUGUUUUCUACUUUGAUAUUCUGAAUUUCUCUUCGAUUACUCCCUUUAUGACUUUACUUUAUUUAUUUAGGAUUUGUAUUUUAAUUGCUUAAUUAUAUCUUUUGUAAUUGGUUUGUUUUGAGCACACUUUGCAUUCAGCACACAGUGCAUUGCUACACUUUCUCGGAACCGUAAAAUAUAUAUUAUUAAUAGGCUUAACAAAUAAGCCUUAUGUUGGAAUGUAACAGUGAUGCCAAACUGGGGGCAGAGAUUAUUAAAUCCAGUGUGCCUUUGUAAAUAUAUUGUACAAUGUACAGAUUUUCUUUACUUACUUUGUGCACCUCAGUAUAUAAUACAUACACAUGUUUUUCAUGUUCACACUUUUUAUGUUUUUUCCACAUCAGUUAUUUCUCACCAUUUCUCACAUUGCGUUCAUUUAGAUGGUGUAAAUGCUAAUCAUAUAGUGUUAGCACAUCAGAUGAUGACAGAUGACAUUUAUGCUGUCAAAAAAGUGUCAAUUGCCUCUUCAUAAUCUGUGUUCACACAUUUUCCCUAGAAUUAGCACAGUAAAUAAGUUGAGCCUUAUCUAA